AUGUCGCUCUCGUUUCUCUCGAAAAAGUCGUGGCACGUGGCGAACGUGAGCAACGUCGAGAAGGUCUGGCUGGCCGAGCAGAAGCUCGAGCAGGAGAAGAAGAAGCUCGAGGAGUACACCCACACGCUCAAGGAGGAGCGCCAGAAAGAGGAGCUGCUCCGGCUGCAGCAGGAGCAGGGCCUCGUCGCGCCGCGCAAGGAGCGCGUCGACUUUUUGUACGAGCAGCAGGAGACGGCCGCGUCCGCGUACCUGCUCGGAAAGCCCGUCGAGCUCAAGCCAGAAGACCACGACAUCAAGAAGGCGCCCGCCCACCUGCCUGGCUCCAACUUUCUCAACGGCCAGAACAACCUCUCGAGCUCGCACAACGAGGAGUUCAACAAGAUGAACAACGACCCCCUCGUGAUGAUGCGCGCAAAGGAGCAAGAGGCGCCGGCCGGAGAGGGCCCUGACAGGGAGAGGGCCCGAAAUCACCCGGGGGACCAACCACCGCCUUGA